UGUGUGAAUCUUUGGGCAGAACGCUGCUGCAGAGAUCGCUGCUGUUGCUUCUGUUUGGCGACGUUCUCUCAAACUGCCUGAGGUUCGUCUUCCUGAACAAUCCACGCCUCCAUUUCCUGGAAAGCUGUUUGGACAACUUGACCAAUAUGAUGCCGUCCGUGUCAAUAAAAAGAGCAACAUCAGCUCAGUUGAAUUAGAUCAACUUCUACUCGACUGAAUUCAGCCGUGUUGGACAUAAGAAUCCUCGAGGAGCCUUAGAUUUGACCCAGCUACAACUUAUUUUUUGCUGGAAAAACAUUCCAGGGUGGUUCUAGUAAUGUUUUCAGCAGGAUUUUUUUGUUUUGUUUGCAGAAUGUUCGUCUUAAAGGUAGUGGUUGUGUUCUGCCUGUGGGGAACUGAUGUCAGCAGAGCGUAUGUGUUUCAAGCCAGCCGACCUGUAGAGGGAGGAGACAGUCCACCGCUUCCCACUAAAGGAAUCUCAGAGUGGGUCAGCUCAGCGGGCUCCUGUAAGGGGAGGUGCUUCGAGCUCGAGGUGGUCGAUCCUCCGGGAUGCAGAUGUGACAAUCUGUGUAAAACCUACUACAGCUGCUGCUCUGACUUCGACGAGCACUGCCUGAAAACAGAGGGAGGCUUUGAGUGCACUCAGGAUCGCUGUGGGGAGGAGAGAAAUGAAAACCAUGCCUGCCACUGCUCAGAGGACUGUCUGGAGAGAGGAGACUGCUGCUCCAACUACAAGUCCCUCUGCAAAGGUGAGACUUCAUGGGUGCAAGGAGACUGUGAGGAGAUCAAGAGUGCUGAAUGCCCUGCAGGCUUCAUCCGUCCUCCUCUCAUCAUGCUUUCUGUGGACGGGUUCAGGGCCUCCUACCUGAAGAAAGGCAAAUCUGUCAUCCCCAACAUACACAAACUCAGAACAUGCGGUACGUCAGCACCAUACAUGCGACCGGUCUACCCUACCAAGACUUUUCCAAAUUUAUACACCUUGGCAACAGGUCUGUACCCAGAGUCUCAUGGGAUUGUGGGAAACACGAUGCAUGACCCGGUGUUUAACGCCACCUUCAGCCUGCGCACCAGAGAGAAGCUGAACCACCGCUGGUGGGGAGGACAGCCGAUCUGGAUCACAGCAGAGAAACAAGGAGUGAAAGCCGGCACUUUCUUCUGGCCUUGGGUGAUUCCUCUUGAAAGGAGGAUUUUGACCAUCCUGCGUUGGCUGCAUCUGCCUGAUGAUGAGAGGCCGUACGUUUAUGCCGUCCACUCGGAGCAGCCUGACACCUACGGACAUCGCAUGGGGCCGCUCAGCAGCGAGCUGGACAACCCUCUGAGGGAGAUCGACAACAUCAUCGGUCAGCUUAUGAACGGAUUGAAGCAGAUGAACCUGCACCGCUGCAUCAACGUCAUCAUUGUAGGAGAUCAUGGUAUGGAGGAGGCCCACUGCGACAGAACAGAGUUUCUCAGCAGUUACCCGCUCAACAUAGAAGAGAUCAUGCUGAUCCCCGGGUCGCUGGGCAGAAUACGACCUCGAGACCCCAAAUCCACCACAUAUGACCCAAAAGUUGUGGUUGCAAACCUCACUUGUAAAAUGCCAACUCAGCACUUCAAGCCAUACCUGAAGCAGCAUUUACCCAAAAGGCUUCACUACGCCAACAACCGCAGGAUCGAGGACGUCCACCUGCUGAUGGAGAGGAAGUGGCACAUCGCCAGGAAAAUGCCAGAAAAACUGAGAACUCGCUGUGGUUUCUUCGGUGACCACGGCUUCGACAACAAGAUAACCAGCAUGAGGACGAUCUUUAUGGGCCACGGGCCAAGCUUCAAGUUUCAAAAACGAGUGCCAGAGUUUGAGAACAUAGAGUUAUACAACGUCAUGUGUGACUUGUUGGGGUUGACGCCAGCUCCAAACAACGGGACCCACGGCAGCCUGAACGACAUGCUGAAAGAGCCGCCGUUCCAUCCCAGCAUGCCCGACGAAGUCACGGCACCGUCGCCAGCGUCCGCCUCCGACGGCAGCGUGACACAAGAUCUGGGCUGCAGCUGCGAUGACGAGAACAAAGUGGAGGAGAUCAUUGAAGCUUUUAACCCGGCACCGGAUGGAAUCUACAGUUACAACAGCACCCAUCUGCCGUUUGGUCGGCCGGCGGUGAUGUUCGACACUCGCUACAGCCUCCUUCAUCAUGUGGAGUUCAUCAGUGGAUACAGCAAAGAGCUGGCCAUGCCUCUGUGGACGGCCUACACGCUGCCACGACAGGAGGAUGUGACUCCGGUCCCGGAGGUUUCUCCUGCCGUUCAGUGCAUCCGAGUCGACUCCAGAGUGUCGGCUGAUCACAGUCAGAGCUGCACCGCCUACAGCCAGAACAGCCACCUCACCUACGGCUUCCUCUUCCCUCCAGAGCUAGCAACGUCUCCGGAGUCCAGAUACGACGCUUCGCUCAUCACCAACACCGUUCCCAUGUACCCCGCCUUCAAGAGAAUGUGGAGUUAUCUCCAGGGGACGCUGCUGAGACGUUUUGCCGAGGAAAACAACGGCAUCAACGUUCUCUCUGGACCACUCUUUGACUACAACUACGAUGGGCUCCGAGACACCACAGAGAAGAUAAAAGAGUUCUCGGCCGACGGCCCGUCCAUCCCAACCCACUUCUACACCGUGGUAACGAGCUGCCAGGAAGUGAACCAGACGGUGGAGGAGUGUGACGGAGCGCUCAGGGUCUUUUCCUUCCUGCUACCCCACAGACCGGACAACAGCGAGGCCUGCAAUAGCCCAGAGGAAGAGUCGCAGUGGGUGGAAGACCUGUUGAAGCUCCACACGGCCCGAGUCCGAGACGUGGAGAUCCUGGCAGGCCUGGACCUUUACAGAUCCACAAACCUCACCUACACCGACACCCUGACCCUCAAAACCUACCUGCACACCUUCGAGAGUGACGACUAGACGCACAGAGACAGACGCACACAUAUACAGGAUGUAGCCUUUUGUAGAAGUCCUGCAAUUUCACCGCAUGCUCGCUGGACAGACGGUGCAUCGCUGUCGUCCCGCUCCUGAGGAACUGCCCAAGAAGUGCUCGGAAAAAGGGGGGACACACUUCUGAAAAUUGAAAAGAUUAAAAAGACGCGUUUGUUUGGAAGAUUACGACAGGAAUAUUCGAUAUUAUCCAUAGAAUCUGUGUAAGAAUAAGCCAGCAUAGGAUGCAGGGUGAGGGACUAACAGCUGCCACUACACUUUUCAUGAGUACAGUAUAUACAAGGCAUUCUCCAUCACACACCAGUGUCUUAGUUUCUUAUCAAUAAAUGAUCUAUACUUCAUAUUUGUACUGACUGUCCGCAGCAAAUUUUAAAUGUGUGUUGUUCACUUAUUAAAAAUCGAUUAGUAGUCCUUGGAUUAAGGAAUAUGGUCAUUGUGAGGUAACUCAGCUAACCAUGAAAUUGGAUUAAAAACUUGGAAAAUUACUUUAAAAAAA